AUGGACUCCCGAACCGUCGGCUUGAUAUCCCUCUAUCGAAGCUGUACCAGUUCCCAAGACCGCGAUAUCCUUCCGCCACGGGGUGACAAGAGGGGCAUAUCAAUAUCACUGGAUAAAGAGAAAUCUUUGUCACCUGGAGAUCAGCCCGAUAUGUCUUCUAAUAGGGGAUUGACUGUGUGGUUAAUAGUGCUUUCUUCCAGUAUUAUCUCCUGGGUUCUAUUCUUGCAAAUAUUCUUUAUAUUUACUAUAGGUACUAUUGUUGGGAAGCUGUACAAUACAUUUGGUACUCGGUAUCUAAUUAUCGGAGAGACAAUUUUCCAUAAACUAAUCAAAAUAACCCUAAGCACUGUAAGCGCCUGGUUUAAUCGCAAACAGGGUAUCGCUUUUGCUACUCUAUUAACGGGCUCUAGUAUCGGAGGGGUAAUAUUCUCUAUUAUAAUCGACUGCCUUAUAGCCAAAACACGGUAUUUCUAUCAGCAAAGCCCAAAAUCUUCCAGUGUACAGUUGAUCCAACUAUUCAAGGAGCCUGUCGUCUUUAUCCCGAUUAACUAUAUCAUUGUCCAGGCGGUCGUGAGCAGAAUAAGCGCAGAUCUCGUGUUAUACUUGGUCCCAAUGUUGAACACGGCCAGUCUCUUUGGCUGUCUCGGAGCAGGAUUUAUAUUUGAUCGGUACGGUAGAUACAAUAUCUUUAUUGCUAUAUGUAUUGUUGCUGGUGUACUAGUACUCGCUUUUUGGAUUCCCGCUAUCUUUAAAAUAUCUAUUAUUGUGUUUGUAAUCCUCUUUGGCUUUGUAUCUGGAGCCUAUAUUAAGAUCGGGUAUUGUACUGGUCUGCUAUUCUUGUUUGUAUCGGUGAAUAGACUGAUAACAAGUCCGGUUACCGGGGCUAUCCUACAGUACGCUGGCGGAGACUAUACUUAUAUAAAGAUCUUCUCAGGGGUAAUACUUCUAGGAGAAACAGCAUUUAUUAUUACCGCACGGGUAGUGGGGACAGGUCUAAAAUUGGUAGUAAAAUAUUAG